AUGACGACGCAGCUGCUGAUGACGGAGCUGGUCAACCUCGUUCAGGAGAGCAAGAGGAAGCACAAUGACUUGCGACAGGCUGCCGACAAGUCUCUAGAGGAGCUGAAGCAACUCGGAAACGUCUCGGAGCAGGCUGCUGCUGAUCAGCUGUCGCACAAGCCCAGCUUCGUCAAUCCCUUCAUCAUCGCGUGCGGCACCAAGAAUGCAAAGUUCACGGGCAUCGCCAUCGUCUGCUUGCAGCGGCUCAUCGUCGCGCGCGCCCUGCCGCGCUCAAAGCUGAACCAAGUCCUCGAGGCGCUGAUGCAGGCAUCGUCGGCCGGCUUGGACGUGCAGCUCAAGAUUCUCCAGGCUCUGCCGUCCCUGCUGCAAAACUAUGCGCCUGAUCUCAAGGGCGACCUGUUGGUGACAGCCUUGAACGUCUGCUUCAUUCUCCAGAGCAGUAAGAACGCCAUUGUGAACAACACGGCCGCCGCCACUCUGCAGCAGUUGGUCGUCUCCGUGUUUGACAAGGUAGUAGCCGAAGACAAAAAUGCGUCCGAUGCACCGGUGGCCGGUGAGGCCCCGUCCGCUGCCGGACAGGUCGCCCUUUGCGCGUCGGCGCUGGACGCGUACAGAAUAUUCAACGACUUGUGUCUCAUCACCGAAAAUCAACGACCGGAGUUUCUGCGCUUCUCGGGCCUACCGCAGACGUUCGGGCUGGAACUCAUCGAGUCCGUCAUCACUAACCAUGCCACUGUCUUUACGACUCACCCGGAGCAAGCCCAGAUCCUCCGCGCUCGGGUCAUACCCUUGGUCUUUGGCGCGCUCAAGGGGAAGCCGCCGUUUGCCACAACGCUGCUUGACCAAGACGCUGCCCUGUGGAAGAGGGCGCUCUGCAUGGAAAUGUUCCGGGGCAUAUUUGCCGAACACGCCCUGGUGCGGCGCAUCUAUGCUCUCUAUGACGCCAAAUACGGCCAGAAGGACAUCAUGAAGACCCUUGUGGCUACAUUUGUCAGGCUGAGCACCGAGAAGCCGGCCGUCAUUGGCCUCGGUAGCCAAUCGACGCUGCCGGCGGCCGACACGGCCCAUGCGCCCGGCGCUCCAUCCGAUCAGGCCAUGCUGGAGGCCAGUGGCAUGACCGGCAUCAUCGGCGGCGGUCCGCUUGGGCCCGAGAGCUCUAAUGCGGGAAUCAGCGUCCAGUGGAGCUCCGUUCGCGUUCCAUGCAUCGAUCAGCUAGACAAGACCGAGCCGCCCCCCAUCCCUGAAUCCUACAUCUACAGUCUAGUCUUGACCUGCAUCUCGUCCUUGUCUGAUGGGCUGGCCAAGUUCAUUCUCCCGCUCACAGUCCCUGGCGAAGGACGAAACCGCAGAAAGGCACUUGCCAAGCAUGACAAUGGCCAUGCCUCGCCCGCUUCGACUCAUUCUGCAGCGGAGAGCCCGUUGCCAAAGGGGGGAGUUCCUCUGAAUCCCCUCGAACUAGAGGACCACCCGAUGCAUGAAGACAUCAAAGUUUGCGCCUCGAUUGUCGACGAAUGCUGGCCUGCCAUCCUGGCAACUUGCUCGACGUUCCUUUACGCCUCCCUGGACCAGGAAUACUACCACGGACUGGUGCGGGCCUUUCAAAGAUUCGCCCAUGUGGCCGGGCUCCUGCACUUAUCAACGCCUAGAGAUGCGUUCCUGACGACGCUCGGCAAGUCCGCCGUCCCACCCAACGUCCUCACCGCAUGCCAUAGCUCGGGUCUGAUGAAGCCGUCAACACCCAGCCCGCAGCCUGAGACGCCAACGAGCACUUUGUUCAGCAACGCCCGCGGGCUUCUCGGCGUCGAUGGUCUCACGCCGACGUCUGCUUCGUCCUCGGCAGCAGCGGAGAAACAGCGUCAGGCGUCCAUGGAUACCUCGCCGGCACCGUCCCUGAACACGCGCAAUUUGCUCUGCCUGCGCGCUCUCCUGAAUCUUGGCAUUGCUCUAGGACCGACUCUCGGCCCCGCUUGGGGAAUCAUUCUCGAGACGCUACAGCAAGCUGACUUUGUCCUAUUCACCACCGGCAAGGCUACUGGGCGGACGCCUUCCCUCGGUCGCAGCCUUGAUCAGACGGGCGAGAAUGACGCCAGCUCGCUCAUGACAAACUUUAGCAACGAGGUGCGGGCGGUGGAAACGGCGGCGUCGAGACUGAUCGAAAGCAGCGUCGACUAUCCAAACGCUUCCUUUGUCGAAGUUGUCGAGGCCGUGUGUGGUCUCCUCGAGCAACAAACUACGAAUAAGUCGCAGGCGGACGGUAAACCGCGGUCGUCACCGGUUGCCGCCACCCCCGAGCCACGCCGGCCAGGCUCGGACAAGCACCGGCGCAUGCUGAGUUUCUCAAAUCAGGCUUCGGGCGCGUCGACCCAGGAGUUUCUCUUUGCCUUAACCAAACUCGGAGAAAUCGCCACCAUCAAUAUCGACAGGCUGCUUACAAGCGAUCCCGACGCAUCCGGCUGGCACAAGCUGAUCAAGGAGCUCAUCAACAAGCUCGGCUCGUUGUCGAUGGCUCCACCAGUGAGAGUCAAGGCGGCAGAAACACUGUCACGGCUGAUGCUCGAGGCCGCCAGCGUGGCCGCUGGCAUGCCGGGCGAUGGCGAAGAUACCAACGGCGACUCUCGGGGUCCGACUCAGCUGCGGGUGUUGGGGGCCCUGAGAGAUGCACUGACUCCCCUGCUGAGGCACGCUCGUGGUGGCUCGGUCGCGGACCACGCCACCGACAUUGACGUUCACAGAAUCCUGCUCGAGAGCUUGAAGAGCAUCAUUGAGGGCUGCGGUGAGAAUCUCGUCUGUGGCUGGGACACGGCAUUCGACAUCAUUGGAAGCGUCUUUGAAACGGAGCAGCCAGUGUUCAAGGAGAAACUCAAGUCAGCAACCAGUGCCGGCAUUCUCACAACGCGAUCGUCCAAGCUCGUGCGGUCGUCUUUUAGCUCGUUGCAGCUUAUCUGCUCGGACUUUCUUCCAUCUCUGCCCAAGUCCUGCUUCCUCACUCUGGUGGAUACGCUUUACAAGUUUUGUUCGCAGGACGACGAUCUUAACAUUGCGUUGACGACCGUCACCUUCUUCUGGGUUCUGUCCGACUUCCUAUCUGCCAACGAAAUGUCUCUUGACAUUACCGAGGAACUCAUCAUGAAGCGCGGCGCUGAUGAGUCCGGCCUCGAAAGGCUGGCGGCUGAUCGGGGCCAAAAGGGGUCAGAUGCGGCAUUGUGGAUGCUGCUCCUGCUCCGGCUGACGUCGGUCACGACCGACGAAAGGCUCGAGGUGCGCAACAGCGCAAUCCAGACACUUCUCCGAAUAUUCGACGCCUAUGGCGACCGCCUCAGCGCGGAGGCUUGGUCUGCAUGUGUCGAGUCGGUCAUUUUCAGGCUCCUGUCCUCGCUAGAGGCGGAGCUCAAGGCCGCAGCAGACGAGGACGACAUCGCAGAAAGCGAGAGAUUGGAGUGGCAUGGGACUGCCGUUGUCGUCAUCAACGGCAUCUCGGGCUUGCUCGCUGACUAUCUUGACGUGCUCACGACCCAUCAGUCCUUCAACCGUCUCUGGCGCGAGCUGCUUGAACACUUGACCGGGCUCCUCGACUUUCAGGUCCUCGACAUCAACACAGCAACCUUCAAGGCGCUGACUCACAUUCUGUCGCAAUUUGGCGAUGAGAAGAAGGCGACCUUUAAUGAGACGUCGGUUGAGAGCGUGUGGGACCUCUGGUCUCGCGGGAUCCCGACGUCGAAGCGCCCGGCCGACGCCAGCGCCAAGGCCGAAGACAACCAGAAUUGUCUGAUUGCGUACGUCGCUGCACUCUGCAAAGUGUACAUGCUUUUGCAGGGCAGCAUGACGGUAGAGAGGGUCAGAAGGAUGCUCACUCUGCUGCGUGAGACCGUCGAGGAGGCAUCGAUGGGCACCUACGUGCUUGAUGUGGAGCACGCCACACCUCUCCAGACCCAGGUUCUAGCAGCCAUGCAAAUGAUCCGGACUGACGUUGAUGGCGUCCCCUCGGCGAUUGUGAACCAGGUUUCCGAGUUUGUGGUCUUGGCGUACGAGAGGGGCCGAACCAGCGGCAACGCAAAACGAACCUUUGUCGCCAUGUCCAAGGCGGGCAUGAAGAUGCUACAUGAACUCAUCUCGAGCCAUGCCUCGGUCGAGGAUGUCUAUACAAGCGGCGCUCUCGCAAACGCCUUGUCUGCUCUGUGCAUGCCCAUUGCGCUGAAGUACCGGUUCCCCAUCGUCACCAAGUCCUCUCCGCCGUGGCGGUUAGCGACUUCUUCCGUGCUGGAGGUCCUGGGGGCCACACUUCCCCAACUGGCUGCUCUUGAUAUACCGAAGGAGACAGUCCAGCGCAUCUGGGCCAUUGUCGUUGCAGUGGCAGAUGGCAUCCUCGGCGCAGACGCAGACAGCGCUCCGCCCGGGUCCAACUUGGCAGACGACGAGGAUUUUGACAUUGAGUCGUUCCGUAAACUUCGUACACUCAUCAUCCCAUCUCUCGGCGGGGAUACCAUCGAGGACAAGACUCGCAGGGCAUACACGGAGAGCCUCUUCCGGACGUCGAUAAUCCACGGCGUCAACGCGGCCGAGAGGUUCCUCGUUGACAAGCAGGGCGACGGUGACGGUGCGGGGCCCGAUGCCGGUGCUAAGCUUGUGUCCCUUUAUACCCUGCCCCCGGGCCGCACAACGGCGGUUGCGCCCACGGGACGAAUGCGAGUUGCCUAUGUCUCCUUUGACGAGCUCUUCUCGCUCGCAUCAGCAGGGCACGGCAAUUCCACCGAAGCCGCAGCGCCCAAGCCAGCCUCACAAUCGGAAUUUGACUCGUCCCAAGUCCUCCGGCUCCGGAUCGCCAGCACAGCCGCGCCACUCCUCAUACUGCGAUGCGCACUGACGAUACGCGGCUACGCGGCCGACCAGCCGCUACGGGGGAAGAUGCCGCAGCCGCUGAGCCAGCGCAAGGAGCUACUCUGGACUCUAAGGAAGUUGGUGGAGCUAGAGAGCGAGGGCGAGGCCAUGCCGGCUCUCGGCGGCGCCAGGGGCGAGGGGAGGCGGCACCUGUUGAAGCUGUAUCCGCUGAUUGUGAAGUCGCUUGGGGUGGAGGGGGACAGGGAGGUGCAGAAGCUGCUAAGGGAUGCUCUGGGGGUUAUUGGCGGAGAGAUGGGCAUUGUUUAA